AUGGGAAACACUCAAGGGACACCAAGUGAUUUGGAUUCAUUUAGAAAAUAUGCUGGAUUAACAAUAAAGCAUGUUAUGAUGUUAAGGUUAAGUAUUAUAAUAGCAAUAGGGAACGACUUGAAAUGUUAUCAGAGGCUGAUUUAAGUAUAACAAAGGAUGCAUUUUCUUUGGCUAUGAAGACAAAGGAGGAAGAGACAGAAAGAGUAUUAAUAAUAUAUAAGAAAGAUAUUUCGUAUAUUUGAUUUGAGUAGUUCAGGUAAAAUAGAAACAUUAGAGUUUGUUUGUGCAUUAUCAUUGAUGGCUUAUGCAAAUUUAAGGGUAUAUAAUAAUGAUGAGAUAGGAAAAAUGUGAUUUAAUGUUUGGGUUAUAUGACUUUGAUCGAAAUAGGACAAUGAAUAAAUAGGAAUUGAUUAUAUUGAUUAAGACAGUUUUGACAACAGUGAAUGCAAUAUCAUCAAAAGGAGAAUGUUCAAUCUAAGAAGCUGUUGGGAUUGCAUAGGUCAUUUUGGAUCGUUAUGACACAAAUGGAGAUGCCUCAAUAUCAGCAAAAGAAUUCUACAGUUUCGUUUCCAAAGAUCCUGAUAUAGUGAAAAUGUUAUUAAGCUAUGGAUUAAUAUCAAUAUAGGAUUUGAGAUUCAAUUUUGGUGAACCAUAGAAUAAUGAAUUACCAGUACCUGAGGCAGAUAGUGAUUUAGAGAAUGAAAUAUUUAAAAGUAGGGUUAUAAAGACAGUAGAGGAUGAAGCAGUUGCUUUGGGAAUAGAGACUUUAAUGAAUGGAGGUGGAAUUGAAUAAUUAGCUUGGCAUUAAUAAUUAGCAAAAGACAAUAUGAUUAUGGAUCCAGAUGAUCCUGAAGAUGUAAAUGGAAAUCCACCAAAUGCAACUUUGGAGAUUGAUCAUGUAUAUGGAUUUAGAUGUUUUGAUACAAGAAAUAAUAUUAAAUAUUCAAUAGAGAAUGAAUUAAUAUAUCAUACAGGUAGUUUAGUAAUAAAAGAUGGAGAGAAGUAAGAAUUCUUUAUGGAACACACUGAUGAUGUAACAUGUUUAGAUGUAUGGGAACAUUUGGUUGCAAGUGGAUAGAUGGGAUCAAAGCCAUCAAUAUUUGUAUGGGAUUCAAGAUCUAUGGAAUUGAGAGCAGUAUUUAGAGGAGUUUUAACAGUAGGAGUAAGUAAUUUAUGUAUAUCAAAUGAUGGAAGAAAGUUGGCAGCAGUUGGAAUGGAUGAAGAUUAAUGUGUAGUUGUAUAUGAUAUAGAAAAAGGGUCUUAAACAAGAAUGAAUGGAAGAAAGGAUGAGUCAUUAUUGGCUAAUGGUAAAGGUCCUAUUGUUGAAAUAUUUGAUAUCAAAUUUGAGAAAUCUGAUAAAUAAAUUGUGAUUGCAUGCAUGGGAGAAGUGAAUUUUGUUACUUAUGAUAAUAAUGUAUUAAGAAUAGUAAAGGGAAUGUGGGAUUCUAAAUAUUGUUCAUAUUAAGCUAUUUUAUCUAUUGGAUUAUUGGAGAAUGCAGUAGUUGUAGGAUCAUUUAAAGGUUAUUUACUUUUAUGGAGAGUUGGUAGAACUACUAUGGCUAUUCCAGAUGCUCAUAAAGGACCUAUUACAACUAUUCAUACAUGUAAUAAGAAGAUUAUGAUUUUGACUGGAGGCAAGGAUGGUUAAAUUGGAUGGUGGGAUCAUAAUCUAAAAAAAAUAAGAGCAUUUAAUCUAGCUAAUUAGAAGGAUAUUUUAUUAAACAAUAUUAAAAUUACAGCUUUGUAUGAAAAUAUGGAUUAAACAGCUAUACUUAUAGGAACUAGAGGAGGUUAGAUUUUGGAAUUGAUAAAUAGUGAAUUGAAAGUAAGAGUGAAUGCACAUUUUGAUGGUAAAUUAGAAGCAUUAGUAUGUCAUCCUACAAAAGAUUUAUUUUAUACAUCUGGUGAAGAUCAGAUGUUAAUGUUAUGGGAUUUGAAUAGUAAAUAAUUGAAGGAAAAAAAGAAAUUUGAUUAUUGUAUUAAAACUUUAGAUGUUAAUGAUCGUUUUUUGGUUGGUGGAUGUGGAAAUGGUACUGUUUUAUUAAUGGAACCUUAUAAAUUAACAUAAUUAUAAGAUUUCAAAGAUAGAGAUAGUGAAAUUACAUGUAUAAAAAUAGUUGAUGAAUAUUUAAUUGCAUUUUAUUCAUCUCCAUAUUUUGAAUUCUUUGUUUAUAGUAUCAAGUAGAAAUUUAAGAAACUUUUAUCCAUUCCAGGUAGACCUGGUAAUUGUAUAUCUAUUGAUUAUUCAAUUACUUAAAGGAUUUUAGUCACUUUUGAUAAUCAAUAAUUAUGGUGUAUUGAUUUAACUCAAAGAUAAUUGACAAGAUAUAAAGAGGAUGAUUGGAAAUCAUUUACAUCAAUAUAUGGAUGGUAAAUCAAAGGAGCUUGGCCUUAAAAGACUGAUGGAACUGAAAUAGUUACAGCUGAUAGAGAUGGUUCAAAAUCUGUAAUUGCUAUAGGAGAUAAAUAUGGAUAAAUAAAAUUAUAUAAAUAUCCUGCUUACAAAAUAAAUUGUAGUUUCUAUCGUUAUUUGGGACAUAGUGGUAGAAUCAGUAAACUAAGAUUUUCAUCUAAUGAUAAAUGUUUGAUUAGUCUUGGAGAGAAUGAAAAGAGCAUAAUUUAAUGGAAUUUCUAAGUUGAAUAGAAUGUAGUAGAGAGAAGUAGUACAACUCAUUCUAGAAAUAGAAGUGCUUUUAAAUCAGAAUUAAAUUAGUUUGAUGAUUAAAUGGAUGGAAAUGAUAAUUAAAAGACUAAUAAACCAUUUCUUGAUUAAAUUAAAAUGGAUGAAGCUGAAGAAGAAUAAUUAAAAUUACCUAUGAAUUAUCUUAAUUUAAGAUAUAUAUUUGGUGUAUCCACUAGUUAUAAAGGCAACACUUUAUAUUAAUAAUUGAAAUAUGCUGGUUAAUAAAAAAUUGUUUAUCCAAUUGGUUGUCUUUGUGUUAUUUUGGAUACUAAGAUUGAUUAAAGUGCACCAUAUCGUAAAUAGAAUUUCUAUUAUGGACAUACAUAAUUAAUAUUAAGUUUAAGUGUACAUCCAAAAAGUUAGAUAAUUGCAACAGGAACAGUUGGUGAUGAAAUUAAUUUAUGGGAUGUUGAUACACGUUAAACAUAAGUUUAAAUAAGAGGAUAUCAUAAAAAUGGUAUAAAGAAUUUGAAGUUUAGUAUUGAUGGUACAUUAUUAUUAACUUGUGGUUCUGAUUAAUUUAAUUCAAUAUGUGUUUAUGAUUGGUAAGCAAAUAGAAUAAUAUGUAAUUCAAAAGUAGAUAAAUCCCCUUUAACUGAUUGUUGUUUUUUGGGCAAUCCUAAAAUUAUUUAAUUUGUAACAGUGGGAAAGUAUAUGAGAGUAUGGGAAAUUAAGGGUAGAAAUCUAUCAUUUGAUUAAUUUCCAGGUUAAUUAAGUGCAGUAACUUUUGCUUUUAAUAGUGAAUUAGUUUGUGCAAAUGAUUAAGGAGAAUUAAUGGUUAUAAAAAAUAAAUAGACUAACAGAAUUUUGGGUCAUUCUGGUAGAGUGAAUGUAUUAAUUGCAGUUAAAUAAAAUUUAUAUUCUGGUGGAGAUGAUGGUAAAAUUAUUCUAUGGCAUUCUAUUUAGAAUUAAUUAUAACAAAUCCAAUAAUUUAUGGAAACUCAAACUCCUCCAUUAUUAUCUAUGGAUAUAAGGAAUGAUAAUAUAGUAUUUUUAACAAGCACUUGUGAUAUAAAAGAAUUAGUAAUAACAGCAUAGAUACAUUCUAUUGAUAUAAUUAAAGGUCAUGGAGAAGAUGUUAGAGGAUUAGCAAUUUCUAAAUAUAAAGUUUAUACUUGUAGUAGUGAUAGAACUAUUAAAGUAUGGGAUAUUCGUAAUAGAGUUUGUUCUUUAAAUAGUGAACCUUAUUAAUAUCAAUUAAGAUCUAUUGAUGUUUAUAACAAUCUAAUAGUAUGUGGAGAUUCUAAAGGAUUUCUAUAUUUAUUAGAUGAAAAACUUUCACCUUUAGGAAGUGUUUCAACUAAUUUCAAUUUAAAAUAAAAAACUAUAGCUUAUGAGAUAUCUAGAGUUAAAUUUGAUCCAAGAGGUAAAAGAGUAUGUGUUGGAGCAUAAGGUGGACCAUCACAUAUUGAAAUUUGGACAAUAAAUUAUUCUGAUAAUAUUUAUAAAUUUGAUAAAGAGAGAUAAAUUAUUAAUUGUGGUUUUACAGGAGGAAUAUUAUAAUUGGAUUGGUCAGAAGAUAGUACUCAUAUUUUAGCAUCAUCUACAAAUUAUGAAUUGAAAUGUAUAUCACUUAAUAAAUAACGUGAUGUUUAAUAUAAUUAUGAUAUUAAAUGGUAGACAUGGUCUUGUAUUUAUGGUCCUGGAUUACAAUAUAUAUAUCCAAAUAAUCCUGGAGAAGAUAUUACAGCAGUAUGGUUACAUAAAACAAAGGAAUUGAAAACUGAAACAGGUAAUAUUAAAGAAUAUGUUUUUAUAACUGGAGAUCAAUUUGGAAAUUUAUCUUUAUUUAAAUAUCCAGUUACAGGUAGAUGUUGCAGAACAUAUAAAGGACAUAGUGGACCUAUCAAUUGGAUUUAAUUUUGUAUGGAAACUGAAGCAAAACAAUAUGCAAUUUCUGUAGGUUAGAAAGCAAUUAUGAUUUGGUAAUUAGAAAUAGAUGAACCUACAGUUUUGGAUGCAGAAACAGAGAAAUUAUUAGGAAUUAAUAUUUAAUAAUAAAAAAAAACAGGAUUAGAAAAGUAUGGAAUUCCUCAAUAAUAAUAAUAAGUUAAAGAUGAAGAAUAUGUUGAUAAGAUUUCUUUAAAACCUUGGGCUUCUAAUAUUAAAGAACCUUCUUCUUAUUAUAAAGAUCCAAUAAAUUAAAAUACACCACCAUUAAUAGAUUUGGAAUUAGAACAUGUAUUUGGUUAUAGAGGAAAUGAUUGUAAAAACAAUAUAAGAUUUUUGAAGUCUGGAAAUAUUGUUUAUCAUUCAGCUUCAUUAGGUAUAGUUUUGGAUAUGAGCUUAAAUUAACAAAAAAUAUUCAAUAUGCAUGAAGAUGAUAUUAUAUCAAUGGACUUACAUUAAGAUGGUAUAAGAGUUGCAACUGGAGAAAUCAAUACUGGAGUCAUUUAUGUUUGGGAUAGCAAUACUUUAUAAGCAUUAUGCAAAUUUAAUUAAUUAAGUAAAGGUAUCAAAUCACUUUAAUUCUCUCCAUUUAAUCAAUUGGUAGCUCUUGCAAUGGAUGAAUUUACAACAAUAGCUAUUUUUGAAAUUAAUACAAAGAGUGAAAGUGGGGGAACUUUAUCAUUUAAAUAUCAAUCAGGAAAAUAAGUUAUUAAUGAAAUUAAAUGGAUGAAUGAAAAUACUUUUUAUACUAUAGGUCCAUAACAUUUUAAGGAAUGGAUCUUUUCAUCUUAAAUUGUUAUUUCUAAAAUCCCAAUAUAAGAUAAACUUAUCUUGAAUACCUUUUUAAUUGAUGAUGAAGAAAUUUAUAUUGCUGAUAAUAGAGGAAAAGUCCUUAUUUAUUAAAAAAAAGUAUUAUAACAUACACUUGAACAUCACACUCAAUAAGUUGACGCUCUAUUCAAAACCAAAGAUUAUUUAUUCACAGGAGGAAAAGAUCAACUUAUAACAAUCUAUGAUGCAAAAUAAAUUAAAGAAGAAUUCAUAAUCUAAUUUAAAUUACUAGAUUUAAGUAAGUAAGCAUUUUAACCAAUUAUUAAAAGUGUUUGCUAUUUUGAAGAUAAAUUAGUUGUAGGAACUGUAGGAUGCGAAAUUUGGGAACUAAGUACCAAAGAUACUAAAAUUAAUAAUCAAACUAAAUUUACACCAAAAAUAAUGAUGAAAGGACAUUAUGCACCAUAAAUCUAAAGUGAAUUAUGGGGAUUAGCUAUUGAAGGUGAUUUUAUCUAUUCUUGUGGAGAUGAUGCAACUCUUAGAUAAUGGAGUGUAUCCUAAAGAAAAUAAACAUUAUUUAUUAGAACUGUCUAAGACUCUAAUUUUGUAGAUAUUAAACCAGAUGAAAAUGGUGUUUAUCCUGAUAGUGUUAGAGGACGUUCUAUUGCUGUUAAUUUUGAUUUUAUUGUAGUAGGAUUUAAAGAUGGGGGAGUAAGAGUUUACGAUAGAGAAUUGAAAUAAAAGAGUUACUUUAAAGUAGCUAAAGAUUGGAUAUCAGAUAUUAAGAUUUCACCCAAUAAUGAAUAUAUAGCAUUUGGGUCACAUGAUAAUUGCAUCUAUAUUUAUAGAAUACCUGAAUUUGUUAUACAUUUGAAACCACUUAGAAAACAUAGUGCAUUUAUCAAAAAUGUUGAUUUCAGUGUAGAUAGUACCAAAUUAAUAUCUACUUGUGGUAGUUUUGAUCUAAUUUUUUGGGAUAUAACAACUGGUAAAUAGAUGCCUUAAGGGCGUAAUAUCUUAAGAGAUGAAAAAUGGGCCACUUGGACAAAUAUUCUUGGAUGGCCAGUCUAAGGUAUAUGGCGUGAUGAUUAUAAUGGUUAAGAGAUCAAUUGUGUUUGUAGAUCUAAUUCUCCUUUUGCUCCUAAAUAACCAGAUAAUUAUUAUUUAUUAGCUGUUGGUAAUGAUUUUAAUGAAGUACUUUUAUAUAGGUAAUUUAUUCAUCUAUAAUUUAUAUAGAUAUCCAUGUAUAAAUAAGAAAUCUGAACCAAUUUAAAGAAGAGGUCAUUCAUCCCCAAUUUCACAGGUCAAAUUUACUUAGGAUGAUCAAUAUUUAGUGACUAUGGGAGGAGAAGAUAUGACCAUACUUUUGUGGAGAGUCAUAAAAAAAUUAUGAAAUUUAUAUUCAAAU